CUGCGCUGGCGGCCGAGGGGAUAACGGGCCGGGGGCGAGGCGGCCGGGUGGCUGCAGGCGGCGACGCUAUGGAGCUGGAGGAGGCGAAAGAAUUCAAGGAACGAUGUUCUCAGUGUGCUGCAGUCUCCUGGGGUCUUACUGAUGAAGGCAAAUAUUAUUGUACUUCUUGCCACAAUGUUACAGAAAUAUCUAAGGAAGUUUUAAACACUGAUGCUAUUCCUAAUAGUAAAAUUCAAUCCAUCAACCGGGGACUUAAGAAAAAGAAAACACUUGAGAAAGGCUGGGAUUGGUAUGUGUGCGAAGGUUUCCAGCACAUACUUUAUCAACAAGCAGAAGCCUUGAAGACCCUAGGUGUGGGCCCAGAAUUAAAGAAUGAAGUUUUACAUAAUUUUUGGAAGCGCUACCUUCAGAAGAGCAAGCAGGCGUAUUGCAAAAACCCAGUUUAUACCAGAAAAAGGAAAGUUACGCAGGUAUUAGGAGAUAGUCUGAGUCAUUCAGACUGGGAUAGUGAGCCUGACCUGCUAAGUGACCUUAGCUGUCCUUCUUUUGCUGAAAGUGGAUCCAAGUCUCAGUCUGAUGACUACUCUCAACAGCCUUUCCCCACCAUGAGAGCAUCACAGGCAGACACGGCGGCCAUCUGUUCAGGUUCACUUGAUGGUGUAGAGUAUUCACAGCAAAAAGAGAAGGGAAUCAUGAAGAUGACUGUGCCGAAGACACUUGCUUUCUGCUACCUGUCAUUGCUCUGGCAGAGAGAGACAAUCACUCUCUCAGAUCUUUUGAGAUUUGUUGAAGAGGACCAUAUUCCUUACAUAAAUGCUUUUGAGCAUUUUCCAGAAGAGAUGAAAUUGUAUGGGCGCGACAAAGGAAUCUUUGCUAUAGAGUCUUGGCCCAACUAUGAGGAAAUCUUUAAACAGACCAUUGAAGUCGCCAUAUUUUUAGAUUUGCCUCGUUUUCCAGACAUAACUGAAGACUGCUACUUUCACCCCAGGAUCCUGUGUAUGAAAUACCUGAUGGAAGCCAAUCUCCCGGACGAAAUGCACGAUCUGACCUGCCAGGUGGUGAAAAUGACUGGAAUAGGAGAAGUGGAUUUUCUGACGUUUGAUCCUAUAGCUAAAAUGGCAAAAACUGUUAAAUAUGAUGUACAAGCUGUAGCUAUCAUCGUAGUAGUCUUGAAGCUUCUCUUCCUAUUGGAUGAUCAUUUAGAAUGGUCCCUGUCUAAUACUGCUGAGAAGCAUAAUGAAAAGAAUAAACAAGAUAAGCCGUGGUUUAAUUUCAGAAAAUGGUACCAAGUUAUGAAGAAAUCUAUUGAUGAGAAGAAACAAAAAUGGGAAGAAGCUAGGGCAAAGUACCUGUGGAAAAGCAAAAAGCCACUCUACCACUCAUCCAUUGACAAAUCUGUAGUAUAUAAAAGAAGAGAAAUGGUGGAAAACCUACAAAAACAGUUUAGCACAUUGAUUGGCUCAACACCAGCUACUGAAAAGCAAAGCCCUUCGAGUUUUCAGUUCAACUGGAUGGAUGAAGACCCCGGCAGAACUUGUUUCCAUGGACAUAGCCUCCAGGGCCUCCUGAAGAAGAAAGGCCAGUCACUGACAGCCAAGAAUUCACUCUACUGGCUUAGUACACAGAAAUUCUGUAAAAGCUACUGUAAACAUGUGACUACCUACGAAGAAUCCAACUUUUCCCUGAGUUACCAGUUUAUACUCAACCUCUUUUCUUUCCUGCUGAGAAUCAAGACCUCCUUUCUCCAUGAAGAAGUGAGCUUAAUUGAGAAGAGGCUUUUCAAAGCAAAAUACAGUAAAUUAGAAAAGAAGUCUUCAAGAUCUGGGAAAGCAAGGAAAUGUUGACAAGAAUGAAAUGGGGGCGGGAGGGCGCAGAGCGGUCGUACAGCAGGCAGAGCUUGUCUUCCAUGCAGUGGACAAGACUCAGUCCCCAGCACCGCAUAUGGUCCCCUGGCCCGUACCAGGAGUGAUCCCUGCGCUCAGAGCCAGGAGUAAGCCCUGAGCACUGCCACUAGGUUUGGUCCAAAAAAACAAAAGGGAAAAAAAAAUGAAGUAAGAACCUCUUGAGAAAGUAUUUUAUUUCUUG